UUAAAUCAACCAUAUUCACCAACAAUCGAUCAAAUUAUUGGUUGCACCCGAUAAUUUAGAUUGAAUAGUAAUAUAUGGUGCAAGAAUAAACUAUAAAGGAUGAAGAGCGCAAAGGCAAUUCAAGUUUUGGCUUUUGGUGGACCAGAAGUGUUGCAAUUUCGUGAUGUACCUAUUCAAAAUGUAGGCAAGGGGCAGGUUCUUGUCAAGCUAUUUGCUGCUGGUGUGAAUCCUGUUGAUACAUAUAUCAGGAGUGGCACAUAUGCUAGAAAACCAACAUUGCCAUAUACUCCAGGAGCUGAUGGUGCCGGUAUUGUAAAAACAGUAGGAGAAGGUGUGUCAACUUUCAAGGAAGGUGACCGUGUGUACGUGCAUCACGCCAACGGAACAUACGCUCAAUUUGCUGUUUGUGAUCAAAAGAAUGUAAAUCGACUUCAUCCAAAAUUGACCUUCAAUCAAGGAGCGGCGCUGGGAGUCCCAUAUCUCACUGCUUAUCGGGCUUUGUUUCACAAAAUGAACGUGAAACCACAAGAGACUAUAUUUAUACAUGGUGCCAGUGGUGGAGUCGGUGUGGCGGCAGUACAACUUGCCAGAGCUCACGGGAUGCGCGUUCUUGGCACUGCCGGAACCGAAUUAGGAAGUAAGGUUGUGAAGGAAGCUGGCGCUCACGAAGUAUUCAACCACCGGGAAAGUGGCUAUUUAGACAAAGUUAUGACAGCGACUGAAAACCGAGGUGCUGAUGUCAUUUUGGAAAAUUUGGCGAAUGUGAACCUGGAGCAUGAUUUGAAAAUUGUGGCGGACCAUGGCAGGAUAGGGGUUGUUGGGAACCGCGGUUCAAUUGAAAUAAAUCCUCGCCUAAUGAUGAUGAAAGAGUCGAGUGUCAUUGGUGUAUUGCUGCAUAAGGCUUCGCAAACUGAAAUUGACGAAGCUGUAACCAAGCUCGAGAAAUGGGCGGAGGACGGAUUGCUGAAGCCAAUAGUUGGCAAAACAUUCAAGUUGAUCGAUGCACCCAAAGCUCAUAAGGAGAUAAUAGAAGGCUCUGCUCAAGGAAAACUUGUGCUGGAAAUUGAUUGAUGUACUAAUACUGAAUGUGGACACGUCUUCUUUAAUGGUAACUGGUAAGUCUUAAGGAAACUCUUAAAUGGAAACCAGACAAGUUAUGAAGUAAUGUUUGCAGUGAUCUUUGCAAUGCAAAAACAUAAACGUACUGUAAUGCAAAAACGUAAACAUGCAUAAUUCUUGAUGCUUAAAUGAAAAAGUACCUUUCUUUGCGUAAGCGGUUAAGAAUGAGGCUUUCGCCUUCUACAAACCUCUCUUCGGCUUUUUGAGGUUAAUUUUUCUGAUAUAGUUUUUACUGUCAUGCAUGUAUAGAUGAGCUAGUAGAUGCUAAAACACAUAUGCUAUGUUAUUUACUGCAUGGCUACGCCUACGAAGUCCGAAUACAAAAAACUGUGCCCGAGCCGAGGACUCGAAAACGGGCGAGGUCGCAACCGAGUUUUUAUUGAUUUAAGUUUAUUGAUUUUUGUCAAACGCAACAAAACAAAAAAAAUUUAGUGAACAAACUAUCAAAAUUAUAAUUUCUAUAGGCUAGAUCAUGUAGUUAUACGCGGCAUUUUAGAAUUUUAAUACCCCAACAAUUCCUUGAUUAAAAGUAUAUCCUAGUCAGGUAUCAGCUAAUGAAAUGGCAAAUAAUAUUACCAUGCAUGACAACUAAAUCACGGCAAAUGGAGGAAAAACGACAACGUAAUGACAUUCGAAAAAGGCCCGAAAAUCCAAAGUAGGAUGUUUUAACUGUUUUUAUCUUUCUACAGUCGUACGUUGAUGUUUCUACAGUCGUACGUUUGUCGUUUUGUUCACAGUAAGCCGGUUGAAUUUCACAGCGCUGUGAAAGGCUACUCAGCCAAACGAUUGCUAGAUGAAAUACAUUUUUAAUUUUUUUUUAAAUGAUAGUUAUCUGGACAAUAUAAAAUCUUCUAGUUCUAAUACACCCCUUAUAUAUAUAUAGUAACUUUGAAUAAACAAUGUUGAAUAAACCAA